AACCCCUCACCCUCACCGCCUGUUGGUCGCAACAACUCCAGCUGUCUCUCUCUGAUCACCGUUUCGUCGCCUGAAAAUGCCGCCGAAGUUCGAUCCUACACAGGUCGUAGACGUCUACGUCCGAGUCACAGGCGGUGAAGUCGGCGCGGCGAGUUCGCUUGCUCCCAAAAUCGGCCCUCUAGGACUCUCCCCGAAGAAAAUCGGUGAAGACAUAGCCAAAGAGACGGCCAAGGACUGGAAGGGCCUCCGAGUCACGGUGAAGCUCACCGUCCAGAACCGCCAAGCUAAGGUCUCGGUCGUCCCCUCCGCCGCCGCUCUGGUUAUCAAGGCCCUCAAGGAGCCGGAGCGCGACCGCAAGAAGACCAAGAACAUCAAGCAUACUGGCAAUAUUUCUCUGGACGAUGUGAUAGAGAUCGCCAGGAUCAUGAGGCCGAGAUCGAUGGCGAAGGAACUCGCCGGCACCGUCAAAGAGAUCCUAGGCACGUGCGUGUCCGUUGGAUGUACGGUCGAUGGGAAGGACCCUAAGGAUCUGCAGCAGGAGAUCACCGACGGUGAUGUUGAGAUUCCACAGGACUGAUUUGGUGAUUUUGGCUGUCUUUAUUGCCAUGGCCAUAUUUAUCCUUGCAGAUUGAUUCCCUUUUUGGCUACCCUCAGAGGAUAUCAUUAUGGACCAUUCGAUUUCUGUUUUCUAUCUUUCUUCUGUUUCUGGAUGGGGAUGAGAGAAAUCCGGCCACCGAGCGCUUUGCGCGUUAUUCAUGUUAUGUCUUUCCUGGCAAUGUUAGCUCACAGUUUAGCCUGUUGGUUUCUCGCUAGCCAUUUAUGCAACCUCUGUUAACCAUAAUUGUCAAAGGUGCACUAGGCCCGAGGCGCAGCUUUGUGCGCCUCAUCACCACUGAGGUGCAGUGCCAUGCUUGAGGCGCUACCUAGGCACAUGCCUUGUAUGUAUAAGUGUAUUAAAGGCCUAUUUCUCAUCUAUUCCUCAUAUUACGUCUUAUUACUU